AUGUCAGAUCUGGAAGACUUCAGCAAAACAGCAGGGCAUUGGAACACAUCAGACAGCUACCAGCUGAAUGCCACCAGUGUGAUCGUGCCCGUGGUGUUCUCCCUCAUCUUCCUGCUGGGGACCAUUGGGAACAGCCUGGUCCUGGCCGUCCUCCUCCGCAGCGGCCAGGUGGGAUACAACACCACCAACCUGUUCAUCCUCAACCUCAGCGUGGCCGACUUCUUCUUCAUCGUCUUCUGCGUGCCUUUCCAAGCCACCAUCUACUCCCUGGAGGGCUGGGUGUUUGGCUCCUUCAUGUGCAAGGUGGUCCACUUCUUCAUCAACCUCACCAUGUACGCCAGCAGCUUCACGCUUGCCGCCGUCUCUGUCGACAGGUAUGUACGCUGUAGCUCUUGUUCGCUAAUGUCUCAUUUUACGUUCAAAUGUCAAAACAUUGAAAUACUGUAUACAAAUGUUUCUACUCGUAUGCACAUUCCAAUUUUGGGUUAACUACUUCUUUAUGGCACAUAACGAGGACCUGAUAGGAAUAGACUUAAUUUGUGAAAUAAUUUGUCAUUUUUAUUUGGCUGAGUUCUAACCGAAUGCACAGAGACAUAACCUGUGCAGCAGCUCUAAAGGUCAAUGCCAAUUAUAGUACUGAGUUCUAUUGCCAAGCCAAGGUCACUAUUCCCCUCACCUCAUUAAAGUCCAGCACAAUUCCUCUCUAUACAAGCGACCUAUGCUCUUUCUACAGAAGAGGAUGGACGCUCAAUUAGCAAAGCACAAGGAAGUAACCUAUAUUGUAGUCAUCCAUUGGUCAUUAUUACAAAACAGCCUUGACAUUUUCACAGAGUAUAGGGAGAUAGGGAGAAUGUGGAUCAGGCAUUUCUUUAUUGGCAACCCUGUUGGUCACGUUAAUUGAAACCCAGUAUUCAUGUGAUCAAGGGAAGGGCAUUUUAUCUGCAUUAAAAUGUGGAAAUGAAAGAGUAGGUCUUGACCUGAAAUUGAGGCUGAAUCUGUGAUUGAGUACAGUAAAAGAGCACUAAUGUAUUAUCCCUGCAUUAAAUUGAUGUAUUCUUCUUUCCUGCAUAAAUGGAUGCCUUUGAUUCUGCAGGGCCCUAGCUAUGCUCAGCCCAGUGAAAAUAACUGCUCUUUUUUUUCUACAUUAAAUAAGGGAGCAGAAACCCUGGUGUCGUUGUGACACUCUGGCUCUAUGGACUUUAUAAUUGAGCCAGGGUUGUUCAUUUUCAUGUGUUUGGGUGUAUUUCAUUUGGUGGUGUUGGGGAUGGGUGAGUUUCAUUUUGUUUGUGUCUAUGGUGAUUGGUCUAUGACUCCCAAUCGGAGGUAACGAGUGUCAGCUGUCGGCUCGUUAUCUCUGAUUGGGAGCCAUAUAUAUUCUGUGUGUUUUCUCCUUUGUUUGGUGGGUUAUUGUUUCCGUGUUGCUGUUAGUCUGUAUCAGUAUUUGAACUUCACGUAUCGUCAUUUGUUGUUUUCUUCGUGGUUGCUUUAAAUAAUAAAGUCAUCAUGUUCACUCCACGCGCUGCGUAUUGGUCCGCUCCUUCAGACGAUCGUGACAGAAUAACCCACCACAAAAGGACCAAGCAGCGUAACAAGCGGCAACAGGACCUACCUACACAGGAGUUAUGGACGCCUCCUAAGGAUUUUUGGACAUGGGAGGAGAUUCGGGCUGGAAAGGGUCCUUGGGCACAACCGGAGGAAUAUCACCGCCCUCGUGAAGAGCUGGAGGCAGCCAAAGCCGAGAGGAGGUGGUACGAGGAGGCAGCGCGAAGGCGAGGCUGGAAGCCCGUGGAAGAGAGGCAACCCCAAGAAAUUUUUUGGGGGGGGCACAUGGCUUGGGCAGCUGGGCAGCAGGAGGCUGCCACAGGGAGAAAAGGAGAGAAGGCUAACGGAGUACGGGAGCCAUUGGCGAGUAGAAGGAGGGAAGUUGUUGUGGCACGGCAUGAGAGACUGAAGUGUGUUACCAGUCCGGUCCGGCCCGUUCCUGAUCCCCAGUUAAGGCCAGUGGUGUGUGUUCCCGGUAUGGACCGGCCUGUUCCUACUCCACGCACCAGGUCCACGAUGUGCGUCGCCAGCCGGCCAGAGUCUGCCGUCUGCCCAACGGCGCCUGAACUGGCCGUCUGCCCAACGGCGCCGGAACUGCCCGUCUGCCCUAGGGCGUCUGAACUGCCCGUCUGCCAAGCGCUGCAUAAGCCGCCCGUCUGUACUGAGCCUGCAAAGCCGCCCGUCUGCCAUGAGCCUUCAGAGCCGUCCGCCAGAUCGGAGCCGCUAGAGCCUUCCGCCAGACAGGAGCCGCUAGAGCCUUCCGCCAGACAGAAUCAUACACCUGCUAUGGAAUCAGCAGGAGCCGACGCAGCCCAUACUAGACUGGAAGCUCAGGUUCGGGACCAGCAAGAGCAGCUCCUGCAGAUGGGAGCCGCCCUGCUGGAGGUGAUGACUGCAAUCCGAGGCUGGGGUCCGCCUCCACCGCCAGCCGCCCAGCCAGCACCAUCAGCCAGCCAUGAGCAGCCAGAUCCGUCAGCCAGCCAUGAGCAGCCAGAUCCGUCAGCCAGCCAUGAGCAGCCAGAUCCGUCAGCCAGCCAUGAGCAGCCAGAUCCGUCAGCCAGCCAUGAGCAGCCAGAUCCGUCAGCCAGCCAUGAGCAGCCAGAUCCGUCAGCCAGCCAUGAGCAGCCAGACCCGUCAGCCAGCCAUGAGCAGCCAGACCCGUCAGCCAGCCAUGAGCAGCCAGAUCCGUCAGCCAGCCAUGAGCAGCCAGAUCCGUCAGCCAGCCAUGAGCAGCCAGAUCCGUCAGCCAGCCAUGAGCAGCCAGAUCCGUCAGCCAGCCAUGAGCAGCCAGAGCCGUCCAGCCAGGAUCCGCCAGAGCCGUCCAGCCAGGAUCCGCCAGAGCCGUCCAGCCUGGAUCCGCCAGAGCCGUCCCGCCGGGAUCCGCCAGAGCCGUCCCGCCGGGAUCCGCCAGAGCCGUCCCGCCGGGAUCCGCCAGAGCCGUCCAACCGGGAUCCGCCAGAGCCGUCCAGCCGGGAUCCGCCAGAGCCGUCAAGCCGGGAUCCGCCAGAGCCGUCCAGCCGGGAUCCGCCAGAGCCGUCCAGCCGGGAUCCGCCAGAGCCGUCCAGCCGGGAUCCGCCAGAGCCGUCCAGCCGGGAUCCGCCAGAGCCGUCCAGCCGGGAUCCGCCAGAGCCGACCAGCCGGGAUCCGCCAUUCAGCCUGGUACUGCCCCUUAGUCCGGUGCUGCCCCUUAGUCAGGUACUGUCCCUUAGCCCGGUGCUGCCCCGUAGUCCGGUGCUGCCCCGUAGUCCGGUGCUGCCCCUUAGCCCGGUGCUGCCCCUUGUCCCGGUGCUGCCCCUUAUCCCGGUGCUGCCCCUUAUCCCGGUGCUGCCCCUUAGGCCGAUGCUGCCCCUUAGUCCGGUGUUGCCCCUUAGUCCAGGUGGGGUUAGUUGGAGGGUGGUCAUUGGGAGGAGGCUACCGAAGCAGGUUGUGACUGUGGUGGGGUGGGGAUCACGACCGGGGCCAGAGCCGCCACCGUGGACAGACGCCCACCCAGACCCUCCCCUAGUCCUGAUGUUGGUGCGCCCGGAGUUCGCACCUUUAGGGGGGGGUACUGUGACACUCUGGCUCUAUGGACUUUAUAAUUGAGCCAGGGUUGUUCAUUUUCAUGUGUUUGGGUGUAUUUCAUUUGGUGGUGUUGGGGAUGGGUGAGUUUCAUUUUGUUUGUGUCUAUGGUGAUUGGUCUAUGACUCCCAAUCGGAGGUAACGAGUGUCAGCUGUCGGCUCGUUAUCUCUGAUUGGGAGCCAUAUAUAUUCUGUGUGUUUUCUCCUUUGUUUGGUGGGUUAUUGUUUCCGUGUUGCUGUUAGUCUGUAUCAGUAUUUGAACUUCACGUAUCGUCAUUUGUUGUUUUCUUCGUGGUUGCUUUAAAUAAUAAAGUCAUCAUGUUCACUCCACGCGCUGCGUAUUGGUCCGCUCCUUCAGACGAUCGUGACAGUCGUUUACCUUUUGGAGGGGGACAUUCAUUUGAUGUGAAAAAUGAGCAUCCACUCAGGCUACAGCUGAGACCUAGAAUACCCAGCAGCAAUUGUUUCACUGCCAGGUCGGGAUGAACAAUACACACACACACUGAUUGCCCUUUCAUGAGUUCCAUUUGCAGCACCAAUGUGCCGCUUUUAUAUUAACCCCCAGAAGCAAGAGCUAAUAAUAUUUUAAUGUCUUUGUGCAAGCAACACAACAGUAAAAACAAUUAAUUCCAUUUAGAAGGUGGAGUAUAAUGAAAUCCCAGUUGACUUGCAAUUACACAUAUAAAGCUCUUUCCAUGACAUAGACUGACCAGGUGAAUCCAUGUGAAAGCUAUGAUUCCUUAUUGAUGUCACCUGUUAAAUCCACUUCAAUCAGUGUAGAUGAAGGGGAGGAGACAGGUUAAAGAAGGAUUUUUAAGCCUUGAGACAAAUGAGACAUGGAUUAUGUAUGUGUGCCAUUCAGAAGGUGAAGAGACAAAAUAUUUAAGUGCCUUUGAACGGGGUAUGGUAGCAGGUGCCAGGUGCACCGGUUUGUGUCAAGAACUGCAACGCUGCUGGGUUUUUCAUGCUCAACAGUUUCCCGUGUGUAUCAAGAAUGUUCCUCCACCUAAACGACAUCCAGCCAAUUUGACACAACUGUGGGGAGGAUUGGAGUCAACACGGGCCAGCAUCCCUGUGGAAUACUUUCGACACCUUGUAGAGUCUGUGUCCCGACGAAUUGAGGCUGUUCUGAGGGCAAAAGGGUGGGUGGGGUGCAACUCAAUAUUGGGAAGGUAUUCGUAAUGUUUUGUACACUCAGUGUAAAUUGAUUCAUGGUAUUAUGUUUUAAUGGAAUAUGUACCUGUCUUUCUGUUUGGUCUAGGUAUCUGGCCAUUCGCUACCCUCUUCGCUCUAGAGAGUUGAGAACGCCCUGUAAUGCUGUGGUUGCCAUGGUAGUCAUCUGGGGACUAUCAUUGAUCUUUGCAGGACCGUAUUUGAGCUACUACGACCUCAUAGAUUACGCCAACAGUAACGUGUGUGUUCCAGGUUGGGAGGAGUACAACCGCAAGGUGCUGGACACGUGCACCUUCGUGUUUGGUUAUGUGAUCCCCGUGCUCAUCGUGAGCCUGUCCUACACCAGAACCAUCAAGUACCUGUGGACAGCUGUGGACCCUCUGGACGGGAUGUCAGAGUCCAAGAGGGCUAAGCGCAAAGUCACCAAAAUGAUCAUCAUCGUCACAGUGCUCUUCUGCAUAUGCUGGCUGCCCUAUCAUGUGGUGAUCCUGUGCUACCUGUACGGAGACUUCCCCUUCAACCAGACUACAUACGCAUUCAGGAUCCUCUCUCACUGCAUGGCCUACGCCAACUCCUGCCUCAACCCCAUUGUGUACGCCUUGGUGUCCAAGCACUUUCGCAAAGGCUUCAAGAAGGUAUUCAGCUGCAUUCUCAGUAAGAACAGCAGGAAUAAAGUGCAUGUGAUACAUGUGGCCAACACGGUGCCUGGGUUCGAGGCGGGGUCCACAGAAGUGUCACAAAUGAAUGAGGACAAUGUACGACAAAAUGACUGUGAGAUGAGCAGCCGGCCCAUCGCCGAGCCGAGGGAAGCAACUAUAAGCCAUUUUCAGAAACAGCCUUGA